AUGCUAUCUGACAAAGCUCGCCUGUACGUCGCAUUAUAUGCCAGAGGAGGGAAAUCUGUUAUGCCCGGUGGCGAAGACAAGUAUCACUGGGCCCUCCUAGUUGGUCCUAAGAGCGAGAAUGACGGUUCGGGGGGGAAGCGUUAUCAUGCAAAGGAGAAGAUGGUUUCGGUGCAAGGCGAGGUCCAAUCCCAGUGGGCGUAUGAAGAACGAGAGAUUAGCAUGGCGGCAACCUCGAUGAUUCUAGUGCGUGUUGUCAUUGGUAAGAUCAAGGAUCGCUUACGGCUUGUGUCCAUUCUCGAGUCUAUCCAAAUUCGAGCAAGUCAGCCAGGAUGGAAUUGUGUUGGGUGGAUUCAAGAAGCUUUGGAGAUUUUGGCCAAGGACGGCAAAGCACUAGGUACCUCUGUCACAGACUGGAAGACGAUACGCGACACCGUGCUCUGGUACGUCCAGCACAAGGAAGCAGAACACAGAUUUGAUGGCAGAGCCCAACCAGGUCAGUUCGAUAAUACCAAGGUGCCUACCUAUGACUUGGUUGACAAGAGGACCGAGACGACACCAUGA